GAUAAUUACAUACGUCACUUACGUAUGAAACCCAGCUGAACAAAAGCGAAAUUUCGACGCAGUUUCAGCGCUGCUCUUCAAGAGAAAAAUCCAAUCAAAUACAUGAUGCUUCUCUUCGCCUGUGGAUUGGUGAUGCUGGCGACAGCUGCCUCACGUGAAGCCGUUUCGAGGGAAACCCCUGAAGGUGAACUUGUUGUAAAAGCCAUGAGCUUUAUCAUCCCGAAUACCCAGCCCCCUUCCGGCGUUGUGACUAAAGUCGCGGGAAUAGUCAGGAUGAUGCAGCCGAAAUCUGGUGGCGAAACUACCAUGACUGUUAACUUACUAAAUCUUCCUCCAAACACACCUCACGGCUUCCAUAUUCACGAGUUUGGAGAUACUUUUUCACAGGGGUGCCAGAGUACUGGUAGUCAUUACAAUCCGUUCAAUAUGACCCACGGAGGACCGCUGGACAAGAAACGUCAUGUUGGUGACCUAGGAAACGUGUACUCAGAUGAGAGGGGAAUGAUCAGUACGAAGAUUGUUGACCACCUAGUGUCUCUCGUAGGGGAGUACUCUGUCCUGGGAAGAUCUUUUGUGAUUCAUCAGAAAAUCGAUGAUCUGGGUCGAGGUACUGGGCCAGCUAGAAAUGAGAGCUUAAAAACUGGAAAUGCAGGUCCGCGAUUGGCAUGCGGUGUUAUCUUCUACAUGCCUACCAACUAAGUAAAGUAAAGAUUCACCGUCUUGUGAUACCAUACCGGCUCUCGACAAGUUAAAGUAAUUCUGUUGUUAAGAGAUUAAAUUUAUUUUAGUUCAUGAUCACAAACGAGUGGAAUUAA